AUGCAAGGACAUCGUGGUGAGCAACACAUCGAUGAUAAGCUUUUCAAGGAAAUGUUCCUGGAGCGUCUGCCAGCCGAUGUUCAAACCAUUCUGGCAUCCGGCUCAAAAGAUCUCUCGUUCUCACGGCCAGUGGCGAUGACGGACAGGAUGUUGGAGGUACAGCGGUUUCAACCAACCUCUGUCACCCAGCUGUCCAGUUCCUCGUUAUUGACACCAAGUGAGCAGAUUGCGACGCAGAUGGCGGCCAUGGCAGAAUAGGCGACGUCCCUAAAACUCCAGCUUUCACGGCUUACCUCUAGUCACUCAUCUGGCCGGCGUCGUUCCCGUUCGCAACUUCAAACUGCCGAUAUUUGUUGAUAUCAUGCCAAAUUCGGUCCAAAGGUUCGUCGAUGUUCCUCCCUCUGCUCGUUCAAGUCCAAGCAGGGAAACCAGUCAGCCAAAGAAUAGACGUGAACGUUUUUUCUGGCCCUUCCGGCUCUGGCCGCACCCUCUAUUUUUGCGACAGUGUGACUCGCAGACGUUUCCUUGUGGACUCUGGAGCCCAAACCAGUGUCUCCUCCCAACUCCAGCCGAUCGUCUUUUCCCCAGCCCUGGUCUUCACCUCCAAGCUGCCGACUGUUCCCCCAUUCCUACUCUUGGCAGUCUGUACCUCACUCUGAACAUUGGCUUUCGUCGGUCUUUCUCCUGGGUUUAUGUGAUUGCUGAUGUUCAUCAUGCAGCCCUCGGCUCGGACUUUUUAGCCGAAUUCAAUCUCCUUAUUGAAAUCCGACGAUCCCGACUCCUCGACCGUAUAACUGAUCUCUCUCCAUGA